AUGGUGACCCAGGCGUAUUUGACGUUAUACAACGUCGCCCAGACGAUAGGGUGGGCGGCCGCGUUAGCGUUCACGUUGCGCUCGAUUCUGACGCACGACGGCAGCCUCGCUUCGGUGUACGCGGACGCGGGCGAGUACGUCCGAACGUUCCAAGUCCUGUCCGUCAUGGAGGUGUUUCACGCGCUGUUCCGCCUCACGCGGUCGCCGAUGUCCGCGGCGUUGAUGCAGUGGGCGGGACGGACGCACGUGUUGAUCGCGGUGACGCACGCGACGCCGGCGUUGCAGUCGACGCCCGCAGCGGGGGUUCUCAACCUCGCGUGGGCGAUCACGGAGGUGAUCAGGUACCCGUCCUACGCCAUGGGCGCGAGAUGUCCGCCGUGGUUGAACUACUUGCGGUACACCGUGUUCAUUCCGUUGUAUCCGCUCGGCGCGGGAGCGGAGAUGAAACUGAUGUACGACUCCCUGCCGUCGUUCGCGAAGAGCGAGGCGUACAGCGUCGCGAUGCCGAACAGGUGGAACUUCGGGUUCGAUUACCCGACGUUCCUGAAGGUGUUGCUUUGCGUGUACCCGCUGCUGUUCUAUCAGCUCUACGCGUACAUGUUCGUGCAGCGGAAGAAGAAACUCGCCGGAGAAAAGGCGAAGAGCGCGUGA